AUGUUAGAUGAAAUUCAUAGACAAGAACGUGAAGAGCUAGAGAACAAGCUUGAAGCAAAAGACAAAAACAUACAGAAAAGAAUACCACGUUCGGUACCAAAAGGAAAGGAAAAGAACUAUAAGUAUAUGAUUUAUACUGAAGAGAUGGAAAAUGAAGAAGACAGAGAUAUGGUUAUGUUGCAUUUAGUCAGAAGAAACAACAAAAGCUUUUACGACCUUGCUAAGAUUUACAAAUCUGACAGAAAUUGGUUCUAUCGCGAAAACUUACCGAUUUCAAUGACCCCAAAUGAAGAUGUUAAACAGAUAGUUCAAGAUACGUUACCUCAAACACACUAUGAUAUGAAAGGUUGUACAAUACUUACCUUCAAAGAAGAUUUGCCAUUGUUAAAGGAAAAAAUAACAGAGUAUUUUGACAACUUCAAACAAGUAGGGUAG